AAUACAGGUGCAAUAUUGCAGAAAGAAGAAGUGUGAACCGACUCCAAGCGAGGAGUCACGUGAUUCCUCCGUCUUUCUGUCAUGACAGUAGACAACAUGCUCACCACAUUUCACAUCACGUCGCUAACGAGCAGCAUCUGAAUCCGACUCCAAACAAUUUCUCACCAACUACAGCCAAAACCUGGAUUUAUUUCUCAUUCAUUACUAUUAUAAGCAAUUUUCUGCAGCGAGAAGAGCGCAUGUGAUCUGAUCUGAUCUGAUCUGAUGUCUGAUGUGUGAGGUGAUCUGAACUCAUCCAUCUGCGCGCAUUUUCUCCACAAGUUGUUUUUGAAGGAGGUAUACAUCAAGAAAGAGAAGGAUGGAGACGGAGAUCUGGCUGGAUCCCAAACCCCGAUAGCGUCGGAUGGAGAUUUAAAAAUAAAUAAAUAAUAAUAAUAGUAAUAACGAUGCGUAAAAAAUGCGUGAGAGUUUUUUACGCGCGCGUAUCCAAAUAACGCACCGUAUCUCCAGAAGCCGGAACUUUCCUCACCCCCCCUGAAGGCACAGGGCUGUCCACAAAGGCGACUUCUCCAGCUUCAAGAGCGUGUGAUGGAGGUGCAGGGAAAGCUGUAGGGCACUGAGAGUCAGCUCCGAGCGGAUAGGGAUGUCUGGGAUGUCUGGGAUGUUGGGAAUGUUUGGGAUCGGGAAGAGAAAGCUGUUCGGGAUCAUUUCCGUGCCGCUCCUUGUGGCACUGAUGUGCUGCGCUCAGAGCGCCAAUGAACCAGGCAACAUGUCUUUCGUGAAAGAGACAGUGGACAAGCUGCUGAAGGGAUAUGACAUCCGACUCCGACCUGACUUUGGAGGCGCGCCAGUGGCAGUUGGGAUGACCAUCGACGUGGCAAGCAUAGACAUGGUGUCUGAAGUCAACAUGGACUUCACGCUGACGAUGUAUUUCCAGCAGUACUGGAGGGAUAAGCGUUUAGCGUACUCAGGAAUUCCUCUGAACCUGACCCUGGAUAACAGAGUGGCCGAUCAGCUGUGGGUUCCUGACACCUACUUCCUGAACGAUAAGAAGUCCUUCGUCCACGGCGUGACCGUGAAGAACCGUAUGAUCCGCCUUCACCCGGACGGAACCGUUCUCUACGGGCUGAGAAUCACCACAACUGCUGCUUGCAUGAUGGACCUGAGGAGAUACCCGCUGGACGAGCAGAACUGCACCCUGGAGAUAGAGAGCUAUGGCUACACGACUGAUGAUAUCCAGUUCUACUGGAAAGGAGGAGACAACGCCGUAUCCGGUGUGUCCCAAAUCGAGCUUCCUCAGUUCUCCAUCGUGGACUACAAACUGGUGUCCCGGAACGUCGUCUUCUCCACAGGAGCUUAUCCACGCCUGUCACUCAGCUUCAAGCUGAAGAGGAACAUCGGAUAUUUCAUCCUGCAGACCUACAUGCCCUCCAUCCUGAUCACCAUCCUGUCCUGGGUCUCCUUCUGGAUUAACUACGACGCUUCAGCAGCGAGAGUGGCUUUAGGUAUCACGACUGUCCUCACCAUGACCACCAUCAACACCCACCUUCGAGAAACGCUGCCCAAGAUCCCGUACGUCAAAGCCAUAGACAUGUACCUGAUGGGCUGCUUCGUCUUCGUCUUCUUAGCCCUACUCGAAUACGCCUUCGUCAAUUAUAUCUUCUUCGGACGAGGCCCUCAGAUGCAGAAGAAAAUGGCAGAGAAGGCCGAGAAAGCCAACAACGACCGCACCAAAUACGACGGAAACAAGUCUGUUCAGGAGGGAGGGAAUUGCAAGGCGUCGGGAGUUAAACAGUCCAAUCAGGUACAAGGUCACCGUCACUCACGAGGGGUGGACUCUCAGGGGAACAUCCUGCUGACCACGCUGGAGAUCCAUAACGAAGUGGCCGGGAACGAGAUCACCACCAGCGUCAGCGAUGCCAGAAACUCCACCUCUGUGAUGUUGGAUAACUCAGGGAUCCAGUACAGGAAGGCGAGCGGCCCGCGGCGGCACAGCCUGGAGCGAAACACGCAGCCUAAAAAGGCUCGACUGCGCAGACGCUCUUCGCAGCUGAAAAUCAAAAUCCCAGAUCUUACAGACGUCAACGCCAUCGAUCGAUGGUCACGGAUAAUAUUCCCCACCGUGUUUUCCCUUUUCAAUCUCAUCUACUGGCUUUACUACGUGAAUUAAGCCACACAUACGAGCGUCCUUUUCCUUUUCCUUUUCCUUUUCCUUCUCUUUACACUUUUCCAUUUUACAGCUGAAGGAUGACUUUUUUUCUUUUUUUUUCCAGGACGGGAUUUUUCGAGGAUUUUUUUGUACAUGCAGACUUUUGCGUUUUGCGUACUAACAGACUAUGUGCAAACCUAUAGACAGCUUCAUAUAAAAAAAAAAGUCAAAUCUAAUUUACAUGAACACAUAAUAAAUUUUAUAGUGAAAUUCUGAAGCCAUGAGACUUCCGCAUGAUGCGAUCAGACCCUUUUUAAUCAACUCAUAUCAACCUGCAUCGACAAAAAAAAAAAAGCGAGAGGAGCAAACACGAAAAACAAGGAUUAAAUUUGGAAAACAGUUUGCAAAAUAUGAAAAGCAAAUUCUGACCAAUAAAAUGGGCUCUGUAUUAAACCAAAUGGUGGAAAUGCAAUAUUGUGUAUUUAGGGGGAUUUCCACGUGGGCUGUUUUUCCAUCAGCAGUUGCGUUGACUUUUGAUUAAUAUAUGAUCAUGUAUGAAUGGAUAUGAAUGGUUGUUUGUAUAUAGCCAUGUUAUGUUAUGUUAUGUUACGUUAAUGCUUUUGGGACAUGAUUUUUCACACACUUGGUGUAAAUUCUUCAGUAUAUUUCACUUUCUUAAUCAUUCGAGUGCAUAAAUAAAUAAUUGGGGAAUGUUUAAAUCAGGGCCAAUAUAUGCAUUAUCAGUAUGACUUGUUCUAUAUCAAACAUCAUUUCUUCUUUUUAGUACAUAACUAACAUUUAGCAUGUGUAUUUUUAAGUAUGACACCUUUUUAAAUCAAUGUUUAAGUCUAAUAAUAUGAUCGUAGGCCUUAUGUAAAUCUCUGAGCUGUCUUGAGCUCCACUUUUUAAUUCUUUCUCCAUUUUUUUCCUUUAAGCUAAAUUAUAGACGAAAAGAUUUUUUUUUUGUGGUUUGGACAGCACCAUGUAUAAAACCAUCUUGAUAAGAUAAAUUGUCUCAGGGUGUUCAUCCAAGAUGUUCAUCACCCAUAAUGCAUAUUUCUAAUAUAUCAGUAUUCUAUGUGCUGUGAUUAAUUUGUAUUAUAUCCACAUGUACGCUGAACAACAAUGGCAUGUUAUUGUUUAUAUCUACAGAAUUACGUCGAUUGUAUUCCAUCUUGCUUUUGGACAUCGCACUGAGUGACUAACCUCGCUUCAGGGACCAAUGACCUUCGCCGUCUAAUGAAAGAGUCAUGUAAUUUAUUCAAAGCACUCCGUUUAUCACGUCCGCAUUAACAGGCUUAACGCUUUUGCACUUCUGCAGUUACGUUGUGUCAGUAGUUGACUCUUGUUCCUUUGAUCCUUCCUUUUCUUUCUAUUAGAUGUUGUAAAUCUGUGGCAAAAUAUCAAGUUACUUUCAUUUUUAUUUUAUUUUUAACCUUGAGGUUCAACCCUUUUUUCUGUUUAUCCGCAAAUCACCACAUCUCUAUGAACAAUAUGUGUCUAAAUCAGUAGAUCUGUGCGGGGAAGGGAAGGGGAUGAUAAGGGCAUUGGUUUAAAAAAUAAAAUUUACUCUUUCAAGUAUGU